AUGGACUUCCCUGGCUGUGCCUCAGUAAGAAGAGCAAAUAGAACUGUGAUCCACCUCAGGGAGAAAGAGUUCAACAGUUCCUCAAACUUGGAUGACACAACUUUGUUACUUUUGCUGGAGGAAUGGUCUCUCACCCCAUCAGGCACAAACACAAAGAUGUUCUUAAUCUCUCCAAUUGUCUGUCUUGUGGCCGGUGUCCUCAUCAUCCCUACCAUCUUAUUUGUGAUCUUCUCUCGGUUUAAAAUCCGCCAGGAAACAAGGUACAUGCUGCUGGGCAAUGCUCUGCUUUCUGAUCUGAUCUACCUGCUCUUCUAUACCCUGUCAGCUGCUCUCAAUGCAGCACGUCUACGCCUCCCCAAGGAAGCUUGUGUCCUCCUCUUAUUUUUGCUGGCAGUGGCGUACUGUGGAGGACUGUUCACAGCUGUGGCAAUAGUCUUGGACACGUACAUUGCUGUUUUGUUUCCUCUGCGCUACAUUGCUAUUUUGCCUCCCCCACGAACUAAAAAAAUCAUUGUAUUACUGUGGAUGUGUUCCGGAGCUUUCCCUGGGAUUUUCUUCUUGGUGCUAUGGACUACCCACAGCUUUGUGCCCUGUGUCCUGGAAACGUGCUCAGUUCCAGUAAUACUAACAUUAACUCUGAAUGGGACUAAUGCUGUGAAACUCUGCUUCUGGCUUUCUACCAUAGUAAUCAUUCUCUGCCUGUCUGUAAUAUUUUGUUGCUAUGCUAUUCUGUAUUUUAAAACCAAGCACUCAGGUAUAUGGGAAAGCAUCUGCUCCAGAGCCAGUGUAACAUUUGUAAUGCACAACACUGUCUUAUUUUUUUACUUCUUUCCACUCUUGGCCCUUUUUGUGGAAUCAUUCUUGUGCGUUAAUGUUUUCAUCAGACUGCAGACAGGAAUCUUCGUCUCCCUGACAGUCUGCAAUGUCCUCACGAUUCUUCCUAAAGUCCUGUUCCCUUUUCUGUAUGGGCUUCGAUACAGAGAGAUCUCAGCCUCUCUCAAAUCCAUUGUCAGGAGGAGGCAGCUCCACCUGGUGUCACCUGCUCCACCACCAUCCUGA